UCGGCAUAUCGGAUAUCGGCAAAAAGCCAUUAUCGGACAUCCCUAAUUAUUAUGCCUAUUUUGGACAACCGGGUAUGGUGAAGAUAAGGUACUUUUUAAAAAAAUGAAUCAAAUAAAAUAAGAUAAAUAAAUUAAAAACAAAGAGUAGAUUUUUCUCCACGUGGGCCCCUGAUCUAAAAUGAGUUUGAUACGCUAAUAAGUCACCCAAUGCCGAUAUUGUCCACGGUAUACAUGCAUCGACAUCCGUAUCGAACGCCCACCAUUUUGUCCAGUCGCAGGAAAAGACGUCGCGACGAGGACGACAAGGACCAUGACCAAGCCCAGGCUGACGCAGAACUGCAGCGUUGUGGGCUGCACAGACCGCCACACAUCCUUGCAUCGACUCCCGAACAAAAAGGAUAUCAGAGCCAAGUGGAUCCAGUUCAUCUACGACGGGAACGUCCCGGCUUCCGUCGGCAAGACUCUGCUGGUCUGCGCCAACCACUUGGACAACCUGCUCCACUUGGACUCCGGGCUGAGUGUCAAACAUGGAUCAGUACCGAGUGUUCGCGCCACGGAAGCAGGAAGUCCUCCACACCCGAGACGGUACUGCCGGAUCAACAACACGGUGCCGCUGCUGGCGCUCUACUUCGACGGCGACAGCGACAUGAGGCCGGACUUCCGUCUCUCCAGGGCCUCCUUCGCCGGCCUGAUGGAGCUCCUCGGGACCCGCUGCGACCACGGCUGGGGGCCCGUGAUAGAGACCCUGGUCUUCUUGUUUUGGCUGUCCGGCGGCGCCUCCUACCGCGUGGUGGGCAGAGCGUUCCACAUGCCGCGGACCACGGUGCACCGCGCCGUCCACAAGACCAGCGAGAAGAUCCGCGCUCUCCUCCCUCGGGUGGUCCGCCUUCCGGCGGCGGAGGACUUGGCCCCCCUCGGUGCCGGCUUCGCCCGCCUGGCCGGGUCGGCGGCUUUCAGCCGGGUGGUGGGCAGCAUCGGCGGCUGCCACGUCCGCGUGAAGCCGCCCAUGGAGAAAGCGUCGGGUUACCUGAACCCCAAGUUGUUUCACUCGCUGCAGUUCCAGGCCGUCUGCGACCACGGCGCCAAGUUCCUGGACGUCUUUAUUGGCUCCCCGGGGUCGGCGCACGACACCAAGGUGCUGAAGCACAGCGUUAUCUACACACAGCGGAAGUACCCGCCCCCUGGGUUCUGCAUCGUCGGGGACGCGGGCUACCCCUGCCUGUGCCGACCCAUCGCCCUCAUCACCCCUUACAGGGACCCCGGGAACAACCUCCUCCAGGCGGCCUUCAACGCUCACCUGUCCAAGGCCAGGUGUGCGGUGGAGAGGGCCUUUGGCAUCAUGGCGAGCAGAUGGAAGUCCAUUUUCUCCAAGGCCCUGGAGGUGGACGUGCUCUACGUGCCGGAGGUGGUGGCCUGCUGCACGGUGCUCCACAACAUCUGCCUGAGCCACGGAGACCUGCUGGAGCCUGGAGACCUGCUGGAACCCGGAGACCUGCUGGAGCCUGGAGACCUGCUGGAACCCGGAGACCUGCUGGAGCCCGGAGACCUGCUGGAGCCCGGAGACCUCCAGGACCAGGCGGCGGCCGGAGACGGCCCGGAGGACCCGGCAGAACCUUUGUCCCCGGGAUGCGUGUGUGGCGCGGAGGACAGGCACAGGAUGGCCAUGCGUUGCUACGCUCCAGACCAUGACUAUUUGUAAAUGUUUAACCUUUCUGUUUCCUCUCAAUGAC